GCCUAAUCUAAUUCCAAGUAGAGCUGAGCUUCUAAGAUAUCCUACGACUAUGGAUCCCAAUCAUUCUCCAGGAGCAAGAGAGCUACUUGAAGCUCAAACCCACUUGUACAAACAUUCCAUGAACUACAUAACUUCCAUGUCACUCAACUCCAUUGUUCAGCUUGGAAUUCCUGACAUAAUCCACAAUCAUGGAAACCCCAUCACUCUUCAUGAGCUGGCCUCAGCAGUUAAGGUUCCCCCGGGCCGAACCGGGUAUCUGAACCGGAUCAUGCGCUUAAUGGUUCACUCAGGUUUCUUUGCCACAACAAAAGUUGACUACAAGAAUCAAGAAGAAGAGGAAGUUGCGUACAUUCUUACACCUUCUUCUACUCUUCUUCUGAAAGACAAUUCAAUCUGCUUGUCACCAUACGUUCACGUGGUACUACACCCGAGCAUCGUAGCCUCAUGCGGUUUCCUGGCUGACUGGGUUCAAGGAGGUGAUGGUGAUGGUGAUGAUGAUCAUGAUAAGCUUGCGGUUUAUGAGAAAACAAAUGGGAUCAGCUUUUGGAAUUAUUGCGGCCAAAACCAUAAGUUUGGAAAGAUGUUCAACGAUGCGAUGACUGGAGAUUCUCAAACGAUGAAUCUCAUCAUUAGAGAUUGUGCACCAAUUUUUGAGGGAGUGAAAUCACUUGUUGAUGUAGCAGGUGGUGUUGGAUUGACAGCCAAGAUUAUAUGCGAGGAAUUCCCUCACUUGAAAUGCACAGUGCUUGACCUCCCACAUGUUGUUGCCAGUUUGAAAGAGACUGAAAACUUGAAGUAUGUAGGUGGAGACAUGCUGAAGUCUGUCCCUUCUGGAGAUGCCAUACUUCUUAAGUGGACAUUGCAUGAUUGGAGUGAUGAAGAUUGCUUGAAGAUAUUGAAGAAUUGCAAGGAAGCAAUUGGAGGCAAAGGCAAGGGAGGAAAAGUGAUCAUCAUAGACAGUGUGUUAAGCGAUCAGAGGAGCAAUGGUGAUCAAGAAUCAACUGAAUUAAUGCUGAUAUUUGACAUAAUGAUGAUGGCUUUGUUUACUGGAAAAGAGAGAAGUGAGAAAGAAUGGGAAAAGCUCUUCUUAGAUGCUGGUUUUAGUCAUUAUAAGAUUAUAACAUCUAUGUUUGGUUUUAGAUCUCUUAUUGAGGUCUAUCCAUAAAUUGUGUGUUUGUGUGUGUAGUCAUAUAUGUUUUCAAUAUUUCCAAUUCCAAGCAUUUGAGUUUGAGUCGUGAGAGAAUGUUGUUGUGUGUAUGUACUUUAAGUAUGGUGUGUUGUGUUUAUUAAGCAUGAAUCAAUAAAUUAUUGAAAAUAUUUCAAUUAGA